AAUCUAGUUACGUUACAUGCAUGUUCAAAACUAGUCCUACAGCUUUAAAAAUGACAUUUGUUCCUCCUUCUUUCCUAGAAAAAAUGUCCUCUCCUAUUCAAGAAGACGAGGAUGAGGUGGAAGAAGUGGAGUUUGUAUCGGAGGGCCCUCUCAGACCAGUAUUGGAAUGUAUUGAUCUUUUGAGUGACAGUGACGAUGACGGAUGUUCGUCAUUGACAACCACACUUGAAGAUAAAAUCACCCGACAUAAAGCACGUGUUACGUCUACUCUGGACAAACUGGCACACCAGGUGGCUCAAGAGAAAAAAGAAAGAGCAGAUAAAUGUAGGGCAUUCAAGGAGAAGCAAGUCUUGCAAAGAGCUCAUGGACAGCAGGAGUUGGCGUUUAGUUCCACAAAUGGAAUUAAUCAGGAAGCAAAGCGCUGUGUCGACAUGUGGUUAAAGAUGCCAGGUCUUCAGCCUGGAGUGAUCAGUGCUGGUUCUGGAAGAAGACGCAGACCUGCUUCUUUCCCCACUAAUAGCUCAACUCGACACACUUGUCCAGUAAUUAACUGCCGUAGAGUUUAUGACAAUGCCUCCCUCCUUGAUGGCCAUUUGAAAAGGUUUGAUCACUCCCCUUGUGACCCGGCAAUUAGGCUUACAGGAAGUCCUUCAGAGCUCUUUGCCUGUGUCGUCUGUGCUCAAAAAUUUCAAACUAAAGAAGCAUGGAGGGAACAUCUUGAGUCUAAGGUGUCCUCGUCUAAUGCUGAUGGUCACAGCAUCGAUCAGACUUAUCAGAGGAUUGUGUGUUUUGCCUGCCCUGCCUGCUACCUUCUGUUCAACCUCCGAGAUGAGUGUCUUCAGCACAUGUCAGCCAAAAACCAUUUUACUGAGUCGCUCGCCAUGAAUGAAACCAAAGAAAGAGCCCUGCCAGUUCCUGUUCCACGGCAUGUUAAGAAUCGUCUCAUCGCCUUAUGCAAGGAUGUGGCGUUCAGUGUUCGAUGCUCUCUGUGUCACAAAGUACUGACCUCACAUCAAGCAGCUCAAGCUCACUUUAAUGUGCACUGCAGACACGGCUGUGCUGUGGCCAAGGCUGACAAAACUAUAGUGCAAGUAAUGAAACAGCUGCAAGUGCGAGGGCAGUGUCCCCUCUGCUGUAAAAUCUUCCUCAGCCAAGCUGAGAUUGAGAGUCACAAAGAAUCAAUGCAUCAUGACGUUGAGGUCAACCAAACAAUGGCAAGAGCACUUCUUCAGUACUGCAGGUUUAGUGAAAUUCAACACACCCAGAGGACUAUAGAGGAGCAGGAGAGAAGAUGGUCAACUGGCCUUGAGAUGCCUUUUCAAAAAAGGAACAAAAAGAGAAGUGAUUGUGAUGAAUUCCCAGCAAAACGGCAGAGAAUAAGUGCAAGUGUGAUUGCUUGCAGUAGCAGAAACUCAUCAACAGCGUGGUUUUGUGAAUGCGGCCUGCAGUUCUCAGAGGAGGCUGCAGCUAGUAAGCAUCUCCUGGCUGUGAACCAGAUUUUCCAUCAGUGUGGAGUGUGUGGCAAACACAUGGGAGAGUCUUCAAUAACCCGCCUGCAUAUGAGUCGCUUUCACGGGGGAGCGCAUCUCUCCAACUUCCUCUUCUACUGCCGCAAGUGCAAAGUUGAAAUGCCGCGGUAUGAAGAUAUCCUGUCGCACGUGUCAGAAGCUCACAGUGGACACGCCUACUUCACUGAACAAGAAGUGCCUGAAGAGUUUGCUACAGUCAUUGAUGCCAAGCCGUCCACUAGCAGCGAGGUCACCCUGCACUCACUCUCGACGUCUAAAGUCCAGCAGAGCACUGCAGAGAAAUCUUCAAAAGUACAGUACACUUGGAUGUGCAGGAUGUGCGAAGACAUCUUUGACACCGAAGCGGCCGUCCAGAAACACUGCAGUGACCUGAGCAAUCACAGCUUUCAGAGAUUUAUCUGUGGACACUGCCCGCAGAAGUUCUUUAAAGAGUCCACUGUACGGAGGCACUGUAUGAAUGAGCAUGAUGGGCACAUAAUGAGUAACCAUUUCUGUGGCCUCUGCGACAGCAUGCAGUUUGAAUCUGAGGACGAGUUCUUGGACCACUACAAGAGUCUUCACAGUAAAGACUACCACUGUAUGGAUGAUGCUGAAGUUGUUGAGCCGACUACCGCCGCUGAAAGGACCAGUCAGCUGACAUGUCCAUGCAUGGGUUCAGAAGAGAGCAAAGCUGAAACAAAAGCUACUUAUACACAGUGCAUGAGGAAUCUGGCUGCGGAAGGAAAAUGCCAGUAUGUGUGUGCUCCUUGUGGUGUAUCUUUGUCAUCCUAUGCACAGAUGAAGACUCACGUCCACACAAAGCACACAGCCUUGAACCUUGACAAGACCUUUGACGUAGAAUGCGAAGCUUGCCAGGAGAGUUUCAGGAGUGUACCCAGUUUCCAUAAACAUUAUCACUCUCGACACUGUACACUGGAGCCCUGCAUGAGUUCCAGGAACUGCAGCAAAGACUUGAAAGCAGAACCAAGCACUGUUAACAUCCUAAGUGCUGUGGAGAUUAAACCAGACAACGAUGAGAUUGAAGAUGAAACACUGGUGAAGUUUUUUAGCAUGAACCAGGCCAGCAAAGAGAGUGAAGAACAUGAAAAUGAACAAGACGACGAACUGAACCAUGCACUGUCUUUGAGCGCAGAAGAAGCGAGAGAGUCGGCAGAAUUGGAAGAAGCUCUUAAAAGAAGUCUCCUAGAGUUCUAAGCACCGGGCAGUUUUUUUGUGUGACAUGCUGUUCAUUGAGCAUUGUAUCGGAAUGUUUUGUACAAGGUAUUCUAUAUUAUGUUCAGAAUGUAAUAAAUAAAUGUUAGUUGGUAUUUUA